AUGGUGUCCAAAAUCAAGCCUUUGGAUGAAUCAGUAGUCAAUAAGAUAGCUGCUGGUGAAAUUAUCAUAUCCCCUGUCAAUGCCCUUAAGGAAAUGAUGGAGAAUUCCAUCGAUGCUGGGGCCUCAUCGCUUGAUAUAUUGGUAAGAGAAGGUGGGAUCAAGCUACUUCAGAUUACUGAUAAUGGCUCUGGAAUUAGCAAGGAGGAUUUACCGAUUCUGUGCCACCGGUUUACCACUUCUAAGCUUGCUAAAUUCGAGGAUUUGGAGAAAAUUGCAACUUAUGGGUUCAGAGGUGAAGCACUGGCUAGUAUUUCCCACAUUGCAAGGCUUACGAUAACUACUAAGACUGGAGAUGAUAGAUGUGCUUGGAGAGUGUCUUAUUCUGAUGGUAAAAUGAUUGGAGAACCUAAGCCUGUAGCGGGUAAAGAUGGUACGGUGAUACUCGUGGAGAACCUAUUCUACAACAUGCCAUCAAGACUGCGAGCUCUAAGAUCAUCCAGUGAGGAGUACAGCAAGAUUUUAGAUGUUGUAGGACGAUAUGCAUGUCAUUCAGAAGGAAUUGCAUUUUCAUGUAAGAAGUUUGGUGAUUCCCAAUUUGCAUUGACCGUGAGAGCUAAUCUAAGCACUGUAGAAAGGAUUAGAUGUGUGUUUGGAAGUACUGUAUCCUCAAAGCUAUUGGAUUUAGAAUUAGGCCCCUUGGAAGAAUUUGGAGUUCAAAAGGUAGUCGGGAAAGUGAGUAAUUUGGAUCUUAGUUUUAAAAAAUCAAUUAGUCCUGUCUUCUUCAUCAAUAAUAGAUUGGUAACCUGCAAUCCAUUGGCAAGAGCACUCCGUCAGAUUUAUUCCACCUAUUUGCCUAAGGGCGAUAAACCAUUCAUGUAUUUAAGCAUUUUGAUCAAUCCGGAAAUAUUAGAUGUCAAUAUUCAUCCUACGAAGAGAGAAGUCAGGUUUUUGCAUGAGGAGGAAAUCAUUGAAGCCAUAUCCUCUAAGCUUAAUGAAGAAUUAUCCAAAAUUGAUACUUCUCGUACUUUUAAAACGUCAUCUAUUGUGACUCCACAGCCUUUGAAGGAGACGUUUGAGAGUACAAAGGGUCCAAAAGGUUCCGUUUCUAAGGCACCUCAUACACCUGUACAAAAUAAGCAAUCACCAUUAGGUAACAGUAUUAAGAGAUAUGAGAAUAAGUUGGUUAGGACUGAUGCAUCUCAAUCUAAAAUUACAUCGUUCAUGGCCAAUCAAUCGACACCACCAAUAGCGCUACGGUCUACGGAAAAGGUAGUAGCCGAAGGUAUCGAAGGAAGAGAGGGAAUAGAAAAUGCUAGAGAAUCACCUUGGAAUGAUAAUAAUGAAACUACUAAAGUGGAAUCCUCGCCUCUUAGAGGUCGGGGAUCUAACGUCCAUGGAUAUACAAUUGUCCCGAAAGAAAGAGUAGAUGUUAAUUUGACAAGUAUUAAAAGACUUCUGGAGGCAGCAGAUAGUUCUGCUCAUAAAGAUCUGACAGAUAUUUUUGCCAAUAUGACUUAUGUCGGUGUAGUUGAUGGGGAAAGAAGAUUGGCCACUAUACAGCAUGAUUUAAAGUUAUUUCUGCUUGACUAUGGUGCAGUAUGUUAUGAGCUAUUCUACCAAAUUUGUCUUACUGAUUUUGCGAAUUUUGGUGUUAUUAAUUUACAAAGUGGAAAUGAUUCCAGCUUGAAUUUGGUUCAUAUAUUAUCACACUUUGAGAACCUUGAUGAGAAAUCUAUCAAGGCUAUCAUCUCCAAGAUUUGGGAAAUGAGAGAAAUGUUGAGUGAGUACUUUUCGAUCAAUAUUGCUGGCAAUACUGAUGCAGAAGAUGAAAAUACCCAAUUAGAAAGUGUAAAAAUUACGAGCAUCCCGCUUUUAUUAAAAGGCUAUUUGCCGCCCUUGAGUAAAUUACCCUUUUUAAUUUAUAGAUUGGGUACAAAGGUCAAUUGGGAAGAGGAACAACCUUGUCUCGAUGGUAUAAUGAGGCAACUCGCAUUGCUUUACGUUCCGGAAAUUAUUGAGAGCAUUGAUUUAGAGGAAAGUGAUAUACCAGAGGAUAAAAAGGCGGCUUUUGUUGAUAAAACUAAAGAAUUGUCGGUGGUUUUAGAUGAUGUGGUUUUUCCUUGUAUCAAGAAACGAUUUCUAGCGCCUCGACACUUGACCAAAGAUAUUGUUGAAAUUGCUAAUUUACCGGGAUUGUAUAGAGUCUUUGAGAGAUGUUAA